AUGAUCGAGAACCCGGCUUCGUGUCCGAUUUCUUCCAUCUGGGGACAACGGCAGCGGGCGACGAUAGCAUAUCGUCCACAGGCUAACGGGACUGCUGAGAGCAUGGUGCAGACCGCGACCAGAGCGCUCAAUAUGUACGUCCGCGAUCUUGAUCAGAAGGAUUGGGACGAAUAUGCUGAGCACCUCACCUUCGUGAUCAACACGGCUCACGAUCGGAUCCGAGGAGAUACCCCUCACUUUUUGUUACAUGGGUGGGAUCCGAGAUCGACAUUGGAGGCUACGUUGCCGGUCGGAUGUACGAGACGGCGCGAUCGAGAUGCGCGGCGGUGGAGAUACAGAGUCCAACGAUACUAUCAGCAAUCCCGAGAGCAAGUCAACGCAAGAUUGAAGGAGGUCAUUGCAGAUCGGGCCGACCGACACAACGAGGAUGUCGGACCGCACCAGAUCGAAGCCGGAUCUCGCAUCUGGUUAUACCUAGAUCGGAUCAACGAAUUCAGCGUCAAGCUCGAGAUCGCAGGUACAGGGUACCAGACCUUCCCAGUGGUACACGUGUCGAAGUUGAAAUUGGUCAAGGACUUUCCAGAUCGACCACGCGUGGAACUCACGGUUGAUGAGGCGGACUGUCUCGAUUUUGACGAGAUCUUGCUUUCAGAGGACAGCUGGGUCCCAGAUCAAGAGGCCGAUGAGUACGAGGUGGAGCGAAUUUCGGACGUGCGGAGUGGAAAGAAGACCCGAUUCGGUCGGAUCUAUCGGGAAUUCCUGGUUCAUUGGACAGGAUACGAAGAGCCAACCUGA